AAUUCGUUCGCAAUCAAGAUGUCUCGUGUUGUUAUACUACUGUUGGCCUAUGCGCUGUUAUCAACUGCAUUUGCAACCCCAGCCCACUACAGUGCAGAAGAAUAUAGCAGCGAUGAAGAUAGUGGAGAGACCGACUCAGUUAAGUCUGAUGGGGGCAGUAUUGGAGUUGGCAGGGUCAAGAGUGGGAGUUUCGGAGCCGGCAGCUUCAGCAUCGGCCACGGCGGGGAGAAUGGAGGUCACGGUGGCAACCAUGGAACCAACUCUUAUGGAGGACCGGGGGGUGACACGGGAGACACGAAGUAUGGACGUUAAGGAGUGAAGAUUGUUCGUAGAUGACUCGGUUCGGAACUCGGAGAAAGUGAUGAGAGUUUUAAGAUUUGGGCCGUAUUUGCAAAAUAACAAAGUGAACAAGUUCAAAAGUGAGAUGAAAAUAUUGGUCAGCAGGUUCAAAUUGUUAUUUAGUUUUAUUCAUGUAGGUGUUUGUUGGAAAGUUUAAUAUGUUUGAAUGGGAAUUAAAAUUAAAG